AUGGCUGGUGCCGCCAGGUUCAAGGUUCAGUAUGACGACGGGGACGAGGAGGAGCUGAGCAUGAGGGAGGUCAAGCCCCUGCUGCAAGAGCGGGCCGGCGCCGCGGCCGCCGCAGGGGAUGAGGACGCAGCGGGUGGAGAUAAGAGGGACCCGCUGACCCAGAAGCCGACGAGCCAUGCGGGCAGCAAGCCGGUGGCGAAGCGCCCCCGCCGGCCUUCCGCCGGCCCCGCUGCCGCCGCACAAGGGGGGCGAAGGCCGCACACCAAGCAGGCGGCCGCCGCGCCCGCGGCCGACGCGCGGCGCCACAACACCAACGCGCCGCCGGCCGGCCUGGGGAUCUCGGAGGAGCUUGCGGCGGCGGUGUUUGGGCAGGAUGCGCCCGAGUGGCAGGUGGACGGGGAUGAUCUGGAGACGCUGUCUUUUGAUAGCGAGGAGGCCCUGAAAAAGCACCUGCAGGCGAAUGAGAAGGUGCACCCAGAGGGCCAGGAGCCGUACCGCGCGCUGGGCCUGCCCGUGUGCCUGGAUGAGGGGGGCGGCGGCGGCGAGGCGGCGGCGCGCGCGGUGCAGGUGGCGCACGACCACUUUUACCGCGAGUGGCGCCUGGCGGUGACCACUGAGAACGAGCGGGUGGCCCGGGAGCAAAGGCGGCGCGAUGACGAGGACGAGGCACUCAGGGCGGAGGGCAAGCGGCCGCCGCCGCGCAAGGCGCUGUCGCGGCGCCCCGACCGCGUCGCGGAGAGCAGCAUGCUGGGCCGCGUGGCCGGCAAGGAGCCGCGCGCGGUCAACCAGCAGCACCUCUUCGGCCACGUCCCCGGCAUCCCCGUCGGCUUCAAGGCGUUCCUGCGGAGCGAGGCGCUGGUGGUGGGCCUGCACCGCUCGCCCCUGGCCGGCAUCGUGGCCGUGCCCGCCAACGAGGUCAGCGGCGGCGUGGGGACGGGGCGCGGGGCGUCUGGCGGGGGGCGCGCGGCGCAGGUGAAGCGCGCGACGGGCGGCAAGCUGGAGGUGGCUGUGGUGUGCAGUGUGGUGGUCAGCGGGUCCUACGAGGACGACAGCGACGGCAUCGACGAGCUCGUCUACACGGGCGCGGGCGGCAAUGACCUGCUGGGCAACAGGCGGCAGGAGGCGGACCAGCACCUGUGCGGCAGCAACCGCGCGCUUCUGGCCAACAUUGCCCUGGGCGUCCCCGUGCGCGUGACCCGCAAGAACCUGGACAGCGGAUCCUUUGCCGGCGCCAUUUUCGUGUACGACGGCCUCUACAGCGUGGUGGGCGUCAAGGGGCGCAAAGGCGUGGAGGCGAGGGCGACGCCGGUGUCGUACUGCAAGUCCAAGGGCCGCGGCGGCCACGUGGUCUGGCGCUACCUCCUGAAGCGCCGCGGCGGGCAGCCAGAGAGCAUUUCCAAGCCGAUCAACUUUGGCCAGGGCUUUGGCGGGGGUGUGAUAAGCGCGGCGCCGGACGCGUCCCUCAGGAACCGCCCCAACGUCGUCUGCAGGGACCUCUCAAAGGGCCUGGAGCGGCUGCCCGUGGUGGUGGUCAACGAGGUUGACCGGGAGCUGCCGCCGGGGUUGGACCCUCGGGAGGACGCUGAGUGGAUAGUGGACGACAAGCCAGAGGCGGGGUGA